ACAGCUGAGGGCAUACAUUAUGAGAUUCAUAAAACUGAAAAAGGAGUCAGAAGUUUGCUUGCUGUACACAUGGAACCUCAGAAGAUCAGAGAGGGUUUUCUGGUCAAAAAGCGUGCGGUGCUGAGCUCUUGGAAGGUGGUGUGGGUGGUCCUCUCAGAUGAUGGGGUGGAAUUCUACAAUAAGAAGUCUGACAGCAGUCCCAAAGGAAUGAUACCGCUAAAGGGGGCCAAGCUGACCAGCCCUUGCCAAGACUUUGCCAAAAGAACGUUUGUUUUCAAAAUCACCACAUUCAAGAACCAGGACCACUUCUUCCAAGCCAGUCACUUAGAAGAAAGAGAGUUUUGGAACAAAGACAUCAAGAGGGCCAUCGUUUGCCUCGACAGCGGCAUGAAAUUUAGCAGAAAAUCAACGCGGAAGUCCAUUCAGUUGCCCAGCAACAUCAAUAUGAGUGAACUGUACAACCUGAUGAGAGACCCACAGGUUGGAGUCAAAGAGCUGAAGCUGGAGAGAGACAACAGAACCUUCAAUCAGUGUUUUACAGGUAGCGCUGUUGUUGACUGGCUAGUGUCCCAUGAGCGCGUCAGAAACAGACAGGAUGGGGUGAUAGUUGCCACGGGCCUCCUGAACGAAGGCCUCUUGCAGCCAGCUGGGGACAUGUCCAAGAGGGCAGCCGAGGUGCACGCUGAAUCUGUCCUGCUGGACCAACUUGAUGCCUUCUAUUACUUUGCAGACAGUGGCUUUUUCUGUGAGGGGUACUCAAGUGACGAGGAUACCAUCACAAAGGAAGAAUUUCGGGGUGCCGUUGUAAAGCAGGGCUGUCUGGUGAAACAGGGGCAUCGGAGAAAAAACUGGAAGGUACGAAAAUUCAUACUGCGAGAUGAUCCUGCAUAUAUGCACUACUAUGAUCCUACCAAGGAUGGUGAUGGCCCUCUGGGUGCCAUCCACCUGCGCGGCUCAGUUGUAACAGCUGUGGAUCAUGUGCCUGAUGCUAAGAAGACGGAUACGGAGGGGUUUCUCUUUGAAAUCAUCACUUCUGAUGAAAUUCAUUACCUCCUGGAAGCGACAACUGCCAGUGAGCGGAAGGAAUGGAUCCAAGCCAUCCACACUGUGUCCAAGACAGGGAAAUAGUAGCCAGAACGAAAAAAAAAAACAAAAAACAAAAAUGAAAGUCCUAAUGGACAGCAUGUCACAAAAUUCACUUUUAAGGAAGAACUAUUAUUUAAAAUUCACUUUUAAGGAAAACUAUUAUUUAGAAAAUAUAUAAAUGCAAUAAUGGAUCAGUCAGCUGAGAGAGAAAAACUUAUAAAAUACAUAAUAUGAGCAACAGCAGAAUAGUCACUGAAAAUAGUUUGACGGUUUCACCCCAAAACAAGGUGUGACUGUGGUUUCUCAUUUCUCCGUUAAUUUGUGGAAAGUCAGCCUUCUUAUACAAAAAUAACUUUGGGUUGUUCAGCCAAUCUGUAAGAAAUUAGUUUUAGAUAUCUCAGAAAUACCCGUAACAAAAAUAAUACAAAAAUGUGUCUGAAAACAAUGUGAAUGCCAUGUCUUUCCUUACGCUUACAUGUUUUCGAAGAGAUGAUGUUUAUGAAUUACGCAUCACAAAUUGAUGGCAAAAGCCUUGUCUGAAUGACACAAAGGCUCAGUACAUAGUCAGUCAUGUAUUGUUUAAAGGUCAUGUAGUCAUGUAGUCAUGACCUGUAGUCAUAGUCAAGUCAUGUAGUGUUUAAAGGAGCCAAAAGGUUUAUGGGGCAGGAGUUUGGGUAAUAAUAAAAUAAGGAACAAUGAGCAACAGAAGGGUCAUCGGAAGUUCCUUCUACUUCCUGAGAAAUGUUUGCAAAAUGCAAUUCAGUUGCAGAGUCACUGGGUGCAGUUAAAGUUAUUAUUCAAUUUGCAUUAUAGUCAGAAAGGCAGAUUUUUUUGUAUUAAUAUCUAUAAUUAUAUGUAGACAGCCUUGUCACGCAAGUUAACGUUCUCACAGCUUCUUCUAAGAUGGUAUUACCCCAGCCCUUUUUAUUAUUUCCACUUAAAAUUCUAAUAAAUUUUAGACUGUGAAACUUUUCAAGCGGUGGCCUCCACCCACUAUCAGUUCUUUAUGAGAGAACAAUAUUCUUUUGGUACCUCUGUGUGAAAUAUAAUACCAGCUGAUGCAGAAAAUCUUGCUGUUGGUAUUUAACAGAAAAUCCC